CCUGCGGCACGGUGCGGAUCGCUCAGAGGAGAAGCAGCGAAUGGGACAGACGGAGCGGAACGCAGAGGAACCAGAGCCCGUCCCCGAGAACCAGCAACAUCACUCACUGACUGAUGACCAGCUACACCAUGUCUAGACUCUAACUUCGUUGGAGUUGCUCAUCUGAGUCUAUUAGAGAAGUUUGGACAGUUUGAAGAGGAAAGACAUCUAGUUAAUUUUUUGCCUCAACAGAGAGAGACAGCUUCACGCGCAGCAGGACAACAGGAUCUCCCUUCUGCUGCUCUCCACCUGAUGAAGAUAGGGAUUCCUGUGUGGAUAAAACCUGAGCUAGAAGUUUAAAAUGUGUGAGGAUCAGAAGUGGGGAGGCGCGGGUAAACAGGGUGAGGAGAGGAGGACCCGCAGCGCGCAGCAGUCCAAACAGCCCCUGUGGAGGAAUUGGAAGGAUUUGUCAGGCGUUUCAAUUUGCAUCGCAGUAUCUCUGCUGUGCCUUGGAGUUUGCAUUGUGGUUUUUGUGCGGAGCUCGGAGCUGCAGUCCAGGUUAGUUAGUCUGGAGCAGCAGCAGCGGGACGCGCAGCUUUCUGCCUGGAUGGUGUCUCUAGAGCAGGUGGAGCCCGUUAUCAUGGGCCGGCUGGACCGCAUCCUGGACGAGAAACUUGCAGCGCGACUACCGAAGACACGGGAGGUGAGGGAGGCCCCCUACAGCUGCCUGUGUCCCCCAGAUCAGAAGCUCAAGAAUCACAACCAGUCUCAGGCCAGAUUUGACCAUGUGGUCAACCUCACAAAAGUCCUUUGGGCUGUGCCAUGGGAGGCUGCAGUCGAUGAAGCGUACGAGUGGAAACUUUUAAAGUACUCGGAUAUAGCAGCCGAGGAAGGACAGCGGGGAGGGAAAAUACAGGUUCUCCCAGUGGAGGUCAGCUGCAGAGGCUUUGUAGCCAAAUCCACCACCAAGCUUCUUAAAAGCAUAGGUGUCCGAGGGCAGGCACUCCAACCAGCCAUCAAGUCACUAACAGAAACUGCUGACCGUUGA